GCCAUGGAUUCUAUCCCAGCCCCAUCUUUAGUUCAGGGACACAUCCUGACUGAAGCAUCCAGAGAUUCAGGGAGUUGGCAGAACACUCAAGACGAUUCUGAAGGAGACAUAGUAUCACAGUCACAGGUGGAACUAGGAGAGGUGCCAGAUCUGCUGGCAAGCAACCAAGGACAAUCACUCCCAGGAUCCUCCAGGGAACACAUGGCACAAUGGGAAGUGAGAAACCAGACUCAUCGUCCUGAGAGAGAGCCUGAUCACAGACUUACUUCCUCUGCCAGCCAGAAACAUCUAGACAAGAAACGUUCAGCAUCUUCAGCUCCUAUAGAACUAGAAGAAAAAAGGCUCAGAGCUCUACCUUUAGCUCCAAGCCCCCUACAAGAGCUGCCCAAUCAGGACCUACAAGAGGAAGACUGGGAACAAGAUGAUGAAGACAUGAGCCCCAGGUUGGACAGUCCCUUAGUUCAAGCAGACUCUGAAUCCCCAAGUCCUGAAGAGGUACCAGAUUACCUCCUUCAAUACAGAGCCAUCCACAGUGCAGAGCAGCAACAAGCUUAUGAACAAGACUUUGAAACAGAUUAUGCUGAAUAUCGUGUCCUACAUGCUCGUGUUGGA